AUUCGUAGAUGUGCCCAUGAUCUGCCUUAAUAAUUUAAAAAACUGCAAAAUCAGGAAAUAUUUCGCAAAUCUAAAACCCAAGCAAACGGUGCGUAAAUUGUUACCAGGCAGAUACGCGCGUUUUUCAACAAUUUUGAUAUGGUCUGGAUGUGUAUAGGUAGGUAGUACCUAGUGAGAGACUAUUUUUAACGUAUGCAAAUAUUAUAUAUAAUGUUAAGAAAUUAUUUACAUAAGUACCGAGCACGUUUAUAUAAGGAAACAAAGGUAAUCAACAGCGUAUACUUGGUUUGAUGUAAGUGAACAGUGAACAUUCUUGCAGCCUCGCUCUACACCAGUGCGUAACCAUGAACAUACACAUUGAAAAAGACAAAUUACUGGCGUCUUUGAAAAAGCGCGUCCACAUAACCCAAUGGAUUACCAACUAUUCAAAGGUAGAUUGCGUGGCCGAUCUGGUUAGCGGGCUAACUUUGGGACUGACCAUAAUGCCUCAAUCUAUGGCGUACGCAUCUCUUGCAAAUCUUCCGCCGCAUUACGGCCUUUACUCGUCUUUCAUGGGCGGUUUUGUGUACACCUUCUUUGGAUCGAUUAAAGAAGUUUCGAUUGGACCUACCAGCUUAAUGGCCCUGUUAACUCUGUCGUACACGAAGGGUUUACCUAUCGAGUUCGUUAUUCUCCUAUGCUUUCUGUGCGGAUGGGUCGAGUUUCUCAUGGGCAUCUUCAAAUUGGGAUUCCUGGUGGACUUCAUAUCGAUGCCCGCAAUUUCCGGUUUUACAACGGCCACGUCGCUUACGAUCAUUUUGGCCCAACUGAAAGGCCUUGUCGGCAUCCGAUUUAGCAGCGACAACAUUUUUCAUUACGCUCAGAAAUUUUACGAACGUUCUGAUAAUAUUAAAGUCAACGAUCUUAUCUUGGGCACUUGCUGUAUAAUUAUUUUAUUAAUUUUCAGCAAAUUUAAAGAUAUAAAAUUAAAAUCUCCAAGCGCGACUAAGGCUUUAUGGUUGUUGUCAAUCAGUAGAAAUGCUCUGGUAGUCUUGGUCUCUUCUAUAAUUGCUUUUUACUUCGAGCACAAGUAUGGCGAAUCUCCGUUCAGUCUUAGUGGAACUGUCGUGUCGGGGAUACCAACGCUCGCACUGCCCAAAUUUAGUACGCAAAUCGGAAACGACACGGUGACCUUUGUGGGGAUGGUUCAAAAAUUGGGUACCGGUGCCAUCGUACUUCCAGUUGUUGCCGUCUUAUCCAAUGUGGCUGUCGCGAAAGCUUUCAGUACUGGCAAACCUGUGGAUGCCACCCAAGAGAUGAUGACGCUAGGUUUAUGCAAUAUCUUGGGUUCGUUUGUUCAAUCGAUGCCAACGUGUGGUGCGUUUACUCGAUCGGCUGUCGCUCAUGCGAGUGGAGUGCACACGCCCAUGACCGGAGUUUACGUCGGCACGAUAAUUUUGCUAGCGCUCUCAUUUCUAACGCCGUACUUCUACUACGUACCAAAAUCCAGCUUAUCAGCUGUACUUAUUAGUGCAGUCUUAUUUAUGAUCGACUAUAAAAUAGUGCCAAAGCUGUGGAAGGCCAACAAAUUCGAAUUGCUAGUUACAGUUGUAACGUUCAUCAUCAGUUUGGUGUUCAGUGUUGAACAAGGUUUAUUGGUUGGCGUUAUAAUCAAUUGCAUACCUCUGCUGAAGGUGUGGACAAGACCACAGAUUGAGUUCUCCGUUAAAUCACUGGACAAAAAACGAAAUUACCUUUUAAUUAAACCAGAAUUGGGAUUGUACUAUUCGGCUAGCGACUUCUUCAAUCUGCGAGUGCAGAAGAUGGUCUCCUCAAUAGAUUACACCGUUCCAUUAGUGAUAGACUUCCAACACUUUUUUCACGUUGACUACACCUCUAAAGAGACACUGAAACAUUUGCUGACGGACUUACGGUCGAAGAACUAUAACAUUAUAUUUUUAAAUAUUAGUAAAUCUAUUGCUGUCACUCUGGAGGAAUUAAUUGAUCAAUUUUGUAUUCGAUGUUGUCAGAGUGAGAACGAGAUCUUCGAUGAAUUAGCGUGUACGGCAGUGGACAUCGAUGACGGAGCAGGAACAAGUCUCUUGCGCCGUAUGUCCAAAGUAUGACAUAUAUCCAUAAGUACCUAUAUAUAUAUAUAUAUAUCUAUUUGUUUUGUACCUAUUAUACUAAGUAUGAUAUUUAUU